UAGACACAGGACCUUGACCACAAUGACAGAUUACAAGGAAGAGCAAGCGAAUGAGUUGGAAGCGCUCCAGUCCAUCUACCCCGAUGAAUAUGAGGAGAUCUCCAGCGAUCCUGGCGAGUUUACGAUUCUGAUUGUGCCGGACGAGCAGGACGGCGAUGAUACAUACACGCUCAAGCUGCAUGUCAAAUACACAGAAACAUACCCCGACUCGUUGCCCGAGUUUUCACUGGAUUUUGAGGAAGGAGAGCUGGAGCAGGAGGAUUUCGACACCAUCAUGAAGAAGGUCACUGAAUCUGCUGAGGAGGCAAUAGGUAUGGGCAUGGUGUUCUCGAUGGCUUCAACUGCCAAGGACGCGCUCACGGAAAUUAUCCAGGUCAACAUGGCCAGGCGAGAGAAGGAGGAGCACGAACAACUACAGCGGGAAAUGGAGGAGGAAGAAAGGAAAAGAGCAGGCACGAAAGUCACAGUGGAGGUGUUCAUGAAGUGGAAGACGGCGUUUGAUGCAGAGAUGGCAGAGAAGGAGCGGAUCGAGAAGGGCCUGAAGAAGGAGGACCCGAAGGCGCUGAAGCCUACAGGACGUCAGUUGUUCGAGCGCGACCACAGCUUGGCCAAGUCGGAUGCUACAUUCAUGGAGGAGGGUGACGUGGACGUGGACAUUGCUCUGUUCGAGCGUGAAUUGGUGAUUUCAGAUGACGAGGACGAGAACGAGAACGAUGUGCUCAGGAAUAUCCGCGCUUCGGAUUAGAGGAUCGCUAUUUACCAUCAUCAUCUUAAUGGACCUCAACCCCAAACAGAGAAAAAAAUAAAAAUAGAAAGAAAAAGCCAGC